AUGGCAGACUUGAAGCUAUCGGAGGUUGACAAGCUGCAGACGAAGGAGUACUGGGAUACAAGAUACCAGAAAGACGGAGAAGCAAAGACGUUCGACUGGUUCAAGACAUUUAAGGAUCUAGAACCGUUUUUUAGGAAGCAUAUUUCGUGGGAUAAUGAGGGUACUGGAAGCAGUCUGAAGAUCUUAAUGCUAGGCUGCGGGAACAGCGCGCUUUUUCUGCAGACACUAUCAAAAGAUCUCUACGACUCCGGUCUGAAAAACAUCACCAACGUUGACUACUCUGACGUCUGCAUCGCGCAAAUGGCAGAACUGCACAAGGACCAGCCCGAGAUGACGUGGCAUGUGAUGGAUGUGAGGGACAUGAAGGAGUUCAAGGACGGAGAGUUUGACAUUGCUAUUGAUAAGGGAACACUCGAUGCAUUCCUGAGCUAUACCGGAUCGAUCUGGACUAUCCCUGAAGACAUCAAAGAGUCGGCAUUGAAGUACAUGGACGAGACGAACCGAGUCCUAAAACCAACCGGCCGGAUGCUUUACAUCUCGUACCGGCAACCGCAUUUCGCGCGGCUAAUAAUAGAUCGGCCGUACUGGAAGAUGGAGACGGAGACGCUGUCGGAUUCGAGCGGGUCGUUUGACUAUUUUGGCUAUGUGCUGCAAAAGUAG